AUGACUACACAAAUUAUAGAAGAAGCGGAGGGGGUAGCAUUCGACUCCUCAGUUUUCGACACUGCGCCCUUCAUUCCGGCCGAUGCGAUCUUUGCGCUCACAGCGAAGUACAUUUCUGACCCGUUUUCCGACAAAGUAAACCUUGGGCAGGGAACAUACCGAGAUGAGAAGGGCAAUCCAUGGGUUUUACCAUCUGUUCAAAGAAGUCGAGAAAUACUUCUUGCUGAGGGACUGUAUCACGAAUACUUGCCAAUCCUUGGUCUACAAGACUUCCGCGAGGAAGCUACGAAGUUAGCCCUGGGAAUCGACAUUUACCGAAAACGAAAAUUGAAGCUCGCCACAUGUCAAAGUCUUUCCGGCACCGGCGCGCUUCAUUUGGCAGGCUUGCUCCUCAGAACAUGUCGGAAACCUCUGCCGAAAGUGUACAUUCCUACUCCAACAUGGUCCAAUCAUACUCAGGUUUUUGAAUCUCUGGGCUUCCAGUGCGAAUCUUUCAAGUAUUACGAUGAGGGAAAGAAGAACCUGGAUAUUGACUCUUACUGUUCUGCUCUGAGGAAUGCAAAGCCAAAUUCUAUCGUUAUCAUUCAUGCCUGCGCACACAAUCCUACGGGCUUUGACCCUUCCAAAGAACAGUGGGCAACAAUUGGUGAAAUUAUGAAGCAAAACAAUUUGUUCCCUGUGUUUGAUGCUGCCUACCUAGGCUUUAACUCGGGUAACGUGGACGAGGAUGCUUUUGCUAUCCGCUACUUUAUUGAGGAGCUAGAUAUGGAAGCCGCUGUGUGUCUUUCCUUUGCCAAAAACAUGGGACUUUAUGGCGAGAGAACGGGAUGCAUCUUUGUUAAAACAAGCAAUGAAAAAGCAGCAACAAAUACCCAGUCGGUCUUGGAGAUGCUCCAACGCUCUGAGGUCUCAAACCCACCUGCUUACGGCGCAAAAAUUGCCGCUACAGUAUUGAAGAACCAUUCGCUAAGAGAAGCGUGGUAUGCUGAUCUGGACACUAUGAGUGGCCGAAUUCGUUCUAUGAGAAUGGCUUUAUAUAAAGCCUUGAUUGAGAAUGGUGCGGCUGGCUCAUGGGAUCAUUUGAUUCGCCAGUCAGGAAUGUUCGGGUUCCUUGGUCUUUCCCCGAACGUGGUUCGGAAGCUGAGAGAGGAUUAUCAUGUUUAUAUGGCCGAUAAUUCUCGAAUUUCGAUUGCGGGGCUCAAUCCUGGGAAUAUUGACUAUGUGGCUCGCUCAAUCGCUUCUGUCCUGAAGGAAUGUUAG